AUGCCACGCUCCUUCCUCGUGAAGAGCAAGAAGGCUCACACGUACCAGCCCCGCCUCCGGGAGGAUGAACUCGUCUGGCCUCCCGCCCUGAGCCACGUGACCAGGGACCAGGUCCUGAGCAAUGACCCCAUCCUCAGCACCCUGUUCCCGAGCCAGUGCCUGGACUGGACGGACCUCAAACGGGAGCCGGAGCUGGAGCUGGACCAGAGCUUGACGAGGAUGUCUUCGGCACCAGAGGGUCCUGCUGUGCUGUGUCGACCCCAGGAUGGGGACCCGCCGCCCUCCGACUCGCCCCCGUUCUACAAGCCCAGCUUCUCCUGGGACGCCCUGGCCUCGUCCUACAGCCACGGCUACCGGCAGACCCCCUCCACCAUGCAGUCCGCCUUCCUGGAGCGUCCGGUCAGCCUGUACGGCAGCCCUCUGGUGCCCAGCUCCGAGCCGCCCUUGGACUUCAGCCUCGGCUAUUCCCCGGGCAUGGACGCCUACCGCUGCGUCAAGUGCACCAAGGUGUUCUCCACCCCACACGGCCUCGAGGUGCACGUCCGCCGCUCCCACAGCGGGACCCGGCCCUUCGCCUGCGACAUCUGUGGCAAAACCUUCGGCCACGCCGUGAGCCUGGAGCAGCACACGCACGUCCACUCCCAGGAGCGCAGCUUCGAGUGCCGGAUGUGCGGCAAGGCCUUCAAGCGCUCGUCCACGCUGUCCACCCACCUGCUCAUCCACUCGGACACGCGGCCUUACCCCUGCCAGUUCUGCGGCAAGCGCUUCCACCAGAAGUCGGACAUGAAGAAGCACACCUACAUUCACACAGGUGAGAAGCCGCACAAGUGCCAGGUGUGCGGGAAGGCCUUCAGCCAGAGCUCCAACCUCAUCACCCACAGCCGGAAGCACACGGGCUUCAAGCCCUUCAGCUGUGAGCUCUGCGCCAAGGGCUUCCAGCGCAAAGUGGACCUGCGCCGGCACCGCGAGAGCCAGCAUGACCUCAAGUGA